AUGGCCUCCCCCUCCCCUUCCACCUCUACCCCCACCCCCACCCCCACCCCCACAGUCCCAGCCCCCACCCCCACCACCACCGCCACAGACCCCAAAAUCUGCUUCAUAUCCGGCCCCCUCCUCGCCGACACCGCCUACCUCACCACGCACUACACGCCGCACCUCCUCCGCGCCCUCUCCGCCAACCACCACUUCCUCCUCGGGCCCUCCCGCGGCAUCGACACCCUCGCACUGCACUACCUUCUCUCGCAGUCCUGCGCCCCCUCCCGCAUCACCCUCUACCUGCCCCCCACGGACGUUGCGCGCUACGCCUGGUUCGCCGAGCAGGGCGGCAAGAUUGUGGUGUCGAGUGCGAACCAUGAUAGCCGCGAUGAGUCAAUGACGAGGGCGAGCCAUUAUGAUGUGCUGCGCUAUAGAACGCAGGAGGAGUGUAGGGCGCUGUUUGGCGUGCGGUAUAAAGAGAGGGUUAGUGGGACGCAGAAGAACGAGAUUAGGAGGAAGAGCGGGGUGGGGUUGGUGUGGAGGGAGGUUGUUGGGGAAAUGGUGGAGGCUGCGGAGGCUGCGGAGGGUGUGAGAAUGGGGGAGGAUGCGCGGAGGAGGAGGGGGCUGGAGAGGAAGGUGAAGGGGGCGAGGGUGUUGAGGGAGAGGUUGGAGAAGGGGGAGGUGCUGGAGAGGAAUCGGGUGGAGAAGGCGGAGAAGUUGGAAGCUUGGGAAAGGGAGUUGGAGGGGUUGAAGUGA